GCCAUGGCCCGGCGGGCGCAGGCCGCCGCCCUGCCGCUCAGGCCCGCCCUGGCCCCGCGCCCAGACGCCGAGCCCGGAUCGCCGACCGCCGCCCCUCCGGAGCCGCCUCCUCGGGCCGCAGCCGGCGCGGACCUUCCCCGCCGAGGGCCUGGCAGGCGCCGCGCCCGCCGAGGGGCCGCCCGCGCGCCCCACCCAUCCCGGGCCGGCGCCCUGCGCAGCGGGCCCCGCCCGGAGGCCCCGCCCACACGCCGAGGCCCCGCCCAGCCGCUGCGGGCGCUCCGGGCUGCGGGAAGCCCGGGACCCCCCGGCUACGCCGGGCGCCUGGCCCCAGGGCUUUCGGCUCCGGAACCUGCCCCGCCAGCCCCUAGAGCCGCGUGCUCUUCCCGCACCUCUUCGCCACCAUGGGCCACACAGCAGGCCCCGGACCGCGGCUGCGAGACGACUGAUGCACCAGCACAAACCGCCCGCUGCGGGGCGGGCAAUUCCGCUCCUCCCUUUGCGCUCGGGCAGCUGCUACAUUCCAGGAGGGCUAUUUUGUCUUCUCGAGCCGUGGGCCACAGGCGGGAGCCCCACCAGCACGCAGCCACUUCCCCUCCAGGAGCCCCCUCACCACGCCCUCUGUGCACAUCAACCAGAGAAUGCUCUGGAAUUCUCUGCUAAAAUCCUCCUUGUCCCGUAAGCCCCACUGCCUCCCCGUGGCCUCUGACCUCCCUCGUGUGGAUUUCACAGCAUCCUUCACUUUCCCUUUGUAGAUAGAAAAGCAGUGCACACCCGCCUGCCUUCUCGCACACUUAGACCCCAACCCCUACUGCUGCUCCAUCUCUGCUCGCUGGCCCUCAGCGCCGGCUGGUCUCUCGGCUCCCAACCUUCCCCAAAGCUGGCACCUGACCCGAUUCCCGGCCUCCACUGCUGACAUCCUUCUUCAGACGGUGUUGCUCACUGGGACCACCAUUGGAACCUGCUCCCUUGCCCCUGCCUUGCCCAGCACCAGGCCAUACAGCUAAAAUGUCCUGAACUGGUCAGAAUAAUCCGUGUAGCAGAGGUGGAACCCUCAAGAGCAGGCCCUCUGUCCCCUGCCCCAUCUACACACUCUUCACUAAUGGCUGAAGUUCUAGGCUCUUCCAGGAGUCGCCAGCAUGAUCUGCUACAGCAUAGGCCAAGGCUCUUCUGAGAUACGGUUCUGUGCAGCCCUAGAUUUGGUAUGCUUAUUUUCCUUGUUUAAUCUCUUAAGUCUGAGACAGGGACCAUGGGCUGAGACAGAGUAGGGUGAGGGCCUCCGGAAAAAGCAAGGCAAGAUAUUUACAGUCAAAGCAAUGUAACAUUGUAA